AUGUCUGCUUUCAUUACCAAUUUAACUUCCAAAAUCGGUUUAUUAAUUACUAAAACCGUUUAUUAUUCUAAAGUUUCUGCUGAGGUUGCCAAGCAGGUUUAUAUUAAAGAAGGAUUGGCUCCUCCAACCACCACCGAAUUCCAAUCAGUUUUCCGCAAAUUAUAUAAAGAAGCUAUAGAAUUAACUAGCAAACCAAAAGAAGCAUUGGUCCUAUUGAAAAAUGUCACUGGUAAAGAUUUGAUCAAAUACAGUGCUUAUGGUAUUCAACUUGCUGGUUUGUAUAACUUGGGCGAAAUCAUUGGUCGUAGAAAGAUUGUUGGUUAUAACCAUUAUGAUCAUGAAUAA